UCUUAAUAUUCUACAUUUUCUGUUAUUCGUUUUCGCAUCAAGCCUUUGGUUGGGACGUGGGAGAAUCGCCCAGCAAUCUACCAGUUAAUUCUUAAUUGAGUGUUUUGAAGCAGAAGCGAAAUUGUGUAUUACGGGACGGGCGCUGUGCUUCAAUUGUUUCUUUUCUCCAGCAGCCGACACGACGUGGAAAUUUCUGUUUUGAAAGUUUAAACUUUCAUCUCCAAUAGUUUCCUUUUUAACCUCAAGGGAAAGCAUUAAGUAGUAGACAAAUUCACCAUUUUCAUUAAGGAUAGAUUGUUGGCUUAUGAAUGUCAUUAGAGUUUUCUCAGAAAAAUCGUCAGAGUUGAAAGAACAGUCCUUGAGAAAGCUCGAGCAAAGUCGGAAAUUCUACAAUGAAGGAAAUAGUGACUGCAAUCACGGUGGUGUUCUUCUUUAUACUUAAAUCGGUUCUCGCAUCCACUGGAGAUCGUUCUCAAAUGUUUUAUAGCUGUCUUCAGGAUUGUUUAGCCCAAAACUGUUCUGGUUCCUCUCAAGAUUCCCAAUCGUCUCUCAUUUUACGGGCUCUCCAGUGGACCUGCUCUGAUGAAUGCAAAUAUUUUUGCAUGUGGCCAACUGUAAAUUGGUUUGUUGAAGCUGAAAUUGGGGUUCAGCAAUUUUAUGGCAAGUGGCCAUUUGUAAGAAUUUGGGGUAUUCAAGAACCUGCAGCAACCUUAUUUUCUAUCCUCAAUUUAGUUGGUCAUGUAGUCAUGAUUAAAAGAUUUCGAAAAGAAGUUAGACCUAGUGCUCCCUUUUACCGAAUGACACAUUAUUUCUGCUUUAUUUGCUGUCACGCUUGGCUAUGGUCCACAAUUUUCCAUAUUCGAGAUGUCCGAUUUACGGAAAUAAUGGAUUAUUUGGGUGCAUUCAGCAUGGUGUUAUUCUCAGUUUACCAUUUUCUUAGCAGAGUGUUGGCAUUUGAAUCACGCAGCUUUCAGUAUUCAUUGUUUUUCGGAAUAGCUAUAGGAUUUUACUUUGUUUAUCAUAGUUACACCACUUUCUUUGUCAAAAUGGAUUAUGGAUAUAACAUGCUCAUCAACAUAGCCUUUGGAGCGGUAAAUAUCUUGGGAUGGUCGAUUUGGUGCUUUAAAUUUUACAAGCGAAGACCUUAUGUUAAACAGUGCGCAGCCUUCGUUGCCCUCGUUGCCUUCACGACACUGUUUGAAGUACUGGAUUUUCCGCCUUUGUUUUGGGUGCUCGAUGCUCAUGCUCUGUGGCACUUGUCAACCGCACCGCUGGCCAUUUUAUGGUAUAAGUUUUUGAUUGACGAUUGUCAUCAUAUGGAAGGACAGAAGCUUGAUCUCGAAAAACUGGCUUAGUCUGAUUGUAAAGAAGUUAUCUGAAAUUCUUUAUUUUAGUGCAAAUUGCUGGGAUUGAAAUCUACCCAUGGCGUAAUUGUGUACUUCAGUUUUCAUACUCUCCAAGAAUCCCGAAAGUCCCUAUUGCAGCAUAGCCACAUGCUCAAAGUGACUGCUGUAAUUUAUCAAGAAUGUUUCAAAUAAGACAUGCCAUCACCUGACAGUGAAACAAA